UCGCCUCCGUUGAGUAAUCAGGGAACUCACUUGCACCUAUGGUUUCUAGAUGGUUGAAAUUUUUGUUUGUGGUGCAAAUAGAGUAACUUUUGAUUGUUGGAUUUGAAGUUUUGGAUUUUGGGUCUGAUUGGGGGUGCUCGUCUUGGUAUGGCUCAGGAUUGAGAAUUCAUAAAGGAACUGCUGAAAUUUAUCAUUUUGGUUAUUUGCCAUAUUUUUGAUAUUCUUUUCUAUAUCCAGCUCAAAAAAAAAAAAAGAUAUUCUGUUCUAUAAAUUGUUUAUUUUGUGAUGCACGGUAGCUCCGAACUUUGAAGGAAGGACUGGGGAAAUUGGGGAUUUUAAGCUUGUGAUUCACAUGUUUUCUUUCAAUAUGUGUUAUUGAAUUCAGGUAAAAAAUAUGUGUUAUUGAAUACGGCUUAUCGUUUCGAGUUUUGACGAUAUAAAAUUUAUUUCUUUGCAAUUUCAAUCAUAUCCAAACAGUUGUUUUUGCUAUAAAAAUACACUUAAUAUUCAUUGCAGCUUGAGUCACAUGCUAAACGUAUCUUGGGUCUGUUCAUAUUUUGGCUUCUCCUCAAGCAUUUAUUUCUUUCUUCUUUGUAAGAAAUUUAAUCCUGAUUAAUGUCCUGAUGCCCCAGCAGAAAAAUUAUAAGCUUUUAGAGGAGAAUUUGAAAGUUGUUCAAAACUUCAACGAAGGGCCUAUUAGACUACUUCUGUUCUUAUUCAAUACUUGUCAAACAAACAUAGAUGCUGAUGCCUUAGCUUUUAGUCAUUAGUUUCAAAAUUUCGAUCUCAAGGUGGACAUUUUUACUGGUUCUUUUCUGUUGGAGUAAAUUUCAAUUCUAGGCGGUUGAUUAUUUGGAUUCAACCUUUCUUCAUGCUAUGCUACGAGUCUUUAUAUUUGAGUGGAGAAAUUAAAAUAAACCUGCUGAAAAAGUGAUUAUUAAACAAUUUACUGCAUUGCCUUUGGUUCCUUUUCAUUUUUCUUUAAAAUCGAAUGUUACUAAUGGGCAACAAUUUAUUGCUACAGCAAGGCUAAAUUGUCAAGCACACAAAGGCAUACCCACUUAAUUUUUUUGUUCAAACAUAUCCACUUAAUUGAAUCACACUUCGUACCAUGAUUAUCAUUUACUUGCCAGUGUAAAUGAUUUGCAUGCUUGUGUGGCACGAGCUGAGGUUUUGUCUUCUGCUAAAUUGUAUUGCUCAUUUCCAUAAUGUGUGAGAAUACCUUUGUGCUUAUUCUUUCCAAUGUGUGUGAAAUUGCACACUGUUGUAUAUGAGUUCAAUAGAUGAACAAGUUAUCUUUUCCUUUAUUUAAAUGAUUCUUUUUGCAUAUUAUCAAUUGAAUCAGAAUUCUAUUGAGCUAAAACUCAUGGCCUCAUUUAACAGUAGAAUUGUGCCUUUUGUUUUGCAGCUUUAACAAGUAUAAAAGAUGAGUACAUUGGAUGCAACCAGAGCGGAACUUGGUCUUCUGGUUUUAUAUUUGAACAAGGCUGAAGCCAGGGACAAAAUAUGCAGGGCAAUACAGUAUGGUUCCAAAUUUCUGAGUGAUGGGCAACCUGGUACUGCCCAGAAUGUCGACAGAUCAACCACUUUGGCUCGCAAAGUUUUUCGUCUAUUCAAGUUUGUCAACGAUCUGCAUGCUCUGAUAGGUCCGGCUCCACGCGGAACUCCUCUUCCCUUAAUUUUGUUGGGAAAGUCCAAAAAUGCAUUGCUGUCAACUUUCUUGUUUCUCGAUCAAUUUGUGUGGCUUGGCAGAUCAGGCAUCUACCAGAGCAAAGAACAUACUGAGCUAAUCGGCCGAAUAUCGCUUUUUUGUUGGAUGGGUUCCUCAGUGUGUAGCACCUUGGUUGAGCUUGGGGAGCUUGGGAGACUCUCUGCAUCAAUGAAGAAGUUAGAGAAGGAACUCAAGAACAGUAAUAAAUAUGAUAAUGAGCAGUACCGUGCGAAACUAAAAAUGUCGAAUGAGAGGACUCUUGCGCUUAUCAAGGCAGCAAUGGAUAUAGUUGUAGCAGUUGGGCUGCUUCAAUUGGCACCCAAGAAAGUUACUCCCCGUGUGACCGGUGCCUUUGGAUUCGUCACUUCCCUAAUAUCUUGCUAUCAGUUGCUUCCUGCCAGAAGCAAGCCCAAGAUUCUGUGAAGAUGAAGAGACAGACUCAAUCUGAUGAUAUUGCAUUGUAGUUGUAAAGUAAUUAUACAAGUUUGUACCGAACCAAAUUAUACAAGUUUGUAAGUUAAAUGUUGUUGGAUGUGUGCAAUGAUCAUUGUGCUGGUGGCUACUGAGGUGUCAUUAUGAGUAGUACCAA